GUACAGAACGCGACCUUCAAACCCGGAACCAGAAAUGUGUUCGUUUACCGUCAAGACAUGUUGCUGCUUUUUAUCUUUAGGACGAGGCCUGGUCAUUUUUGGCAUUAUUGAUUUAAUUUUUGAUUUGCUGGACUUAUUUAAAAUUGAUAUCUACCUGAGUGAGGAUAAUUUUUUAGAAAUCAACUUUGCAACUGUUGAUUCAUUUGGAGAAGACAUACAGAAUGUUAUUGCCUUGGUGGACAUAGUGUGCUCCACUAUUCUUCUUCUUGGAGUUUAUAAGGUAAAAUACUACUAUGUGAUGAUCUGGUGGUGGUGGUCAUUGUUGCAGAUAUCUUGGAUGAUGUACUUUGGGCUCGAGUUCCUUGAUUUUUAUCCCUUAAAUGCUAUAGAUAUUGUAAUAGCAUGUACAGUAACUUGUCUCUUUGCAUACCGAGCUGUCAUAGCAAAAUCCUUUGCAGUGUCGCUUCAAAAUAAGUCUCGGAAACUCUCAGGCAGCGAGAUCUACCGUGUGGUUUAAUUAUAUUAGUACCUUCUGCACUUCCAUUCUUAAUCAUGAAAUCUGCAGGAUACAUUGACAGCCGUACAACAUAACUAUGUAACACAGUACACUAUUUGAGUAAAAAGUUUUUAAUCUGUAUGUUUUGGAUUAGGUUGUUAAAGCUGCUAUCAUUUUUCUAUUUUUGAAAAGGCUGUUCAUUUGAGCAACAGUCUUAGGUGGCCCAAUGCCAGCUCUUUGACAAGAAGUGUAACAAACAUGUUUAAAAGUUCCCUUGGUCUGAGUAGCAUAAAGUAUGUACCUUGGAAAACACUUUAGAUGUUGAGAAGGCUGGGAAGUUUUUGACUUGUUGUAUGAAGGUUUAAACGCUGGAUGAUGAAAAUUAUAGAAUUGUUAGUAAUGAUUGGUAUGACAUAACUUCAUUGGCGAUGUUACUGGUAUAUUUUAGAAUACUUGUUUUACAUUUUAUUUCACAAAUAAAAGUUUCAGUUUUA